AUGGUUCGCGAGACGAAACUCUACGAUGUCCUUGGCGUUUCGCCAACAGCUACCGAGCAGGAGCUGAGAAAAGCAUACCGUGUCGGCGCCCUCAAACACCAUCCUGACAAGAACGCACACAACCCGGCUGCCGAGGAGAAGUUCAAGGAAAUCUCCCACGCCUACGAGAUUCUGUCCGACGCAAAUAAGCGCCAGGUCUACGACCAGUAUGGCGAGGCCGGCCUCGAGGGCGGUGCCGGCGGCGGCGGCGGCAUGGCCGCCGAGGACCUGUUUGCCCAGUUCUUCGGCGGCCAGGGCUUCGGCGGCGGCCUUGGCGGCAUGUUUGGCGGCGGCGGCGGCGGCAUGCAAUCGCGCGGCCCGCCAAAGGCCCGCACCAUCCACCACACGCACAAGGUCUCCCUGGAAGACAUCUACCGCGGCAAGGUCUCUAAGUUGGCCCUGCAGCGGUCGGUGAUCUGCCCCAAGUGCGAGGGCCGCGGCGGCAAGGAGGGCGCCGUGCGCGUCUGCCCGGGCUGCGACGGUCACGGCAUGAAGACCAUGAUGCGCCAGAUGGGCCCCAUGAUCCAGCGCUUCCAGACGGCCUGCCCCGACUGCAACGGCGAGGGCGAGAUCAUCAAGGACAAGGACCGGUGCAAGAACUGCAACGGCAAGAAGACGGUCGUCGACCGCAAGGUCCUGCACGUGCACGUCGACCGUGGCGUCAAGAGCGGCACGCGCGUCGACUUCCGCGGCGAGGGCGACCAGGCCCCCGGCAUCCAGGCCGGCGACGUUGUCUUUGAGAUCGAGCAGAAGCCGCACGCGCGCUUCACCCGCCGCGACGACGACCUGCUGUACAACUGCGACAUUGAGCUCGUCACGGCCCUGGCUGGCGGCACCAUCUACAUUGAGCACCUCGACGACCGGUGGCUGUCCGUCGACAUUCUGCCCGGCGAGGCCAUUUCACCAAACGCUGUCCGCAUGGUCCGUGGUCAGGGUAUGCCCACGUACCGCCACCACGAUUUCGGCAACUUGUACAUCAAGUUCAACGUCAAGUUCCCCGAGAAGAACUGGACCGAGGACCCGGCCGCCUUCGAGGCCCUCCGCAGCCUGCUGCCCUCGCCCGCUGUCGAGAACGUCCCGCCGACCGACGCUAUGACCGAGGCCGCCGAUCUCGAGGACGUCGACCCCACCGCCGGCGGCAGCGCGCGCGGCUUUGCGGGUGCCAGCAACCCCAACGCCAUGUCCGACGACGAGGACGACGGCCACCCGCAGGCCGAGCGCGUGCAGUGCGCGUCGCAGUAA